GCAGCGGGAGUCCUCCCAGUCGGAUCCGACUGAACGUGACGUGCGAACCGGAGACGAGGAGUGAGGUUUCCUGGCGGAGCAGCGGAGGGAGCAGGAGCCGAGUCUUUAGCGCAAACCCCCUCCUCUUCAGCACACCGCCGGUAGCCAUGGCUCCAUCGCUGUCCUCCUGAGCUACCCUCACUCCGUGGCUGCUUCAGUAACCCCAGAAGAGGGAAGGAGGGAGAGGAGGAGGAGGGGGCAUCCCUAUCGGUCUCCAGCUAUCAGGCUGACUCACCCCAAGAGUGCCUGAACACAUACGGAGAAGUUUCAGAGAACCUUCAAGCGAGGAGCGCUGUGAAACGGAGCUGAAGAAGGAAGGCGGGGAGAAGAGGAGAAGGGGGAGAGAGACAGACGAUAGCAAGUGAAAAGGGGAGCUGCAUCUUCACUGACGAGGAGAAGAGAAAGUGAAUAUAGAGAAAGAACGAAGAAAAAGUUUAUUACAGAGCAAAGAAGGUGAAGAAAAGGUGCAGAUCCGUCAAAAGGUCGAGCUGACCGCUCCGAGUUCUGAGGGAAAACAACCUACCCACUACGCCUCCGACUGCUGUCUCAGAAAGGUCACCACACUGGGAGAACUGGGAGAGCUGGUGUUGAGGAGAAGCCACCAUGAGCGACCAGAACGUCGUCAAGGAAGGCUGGGUCCAGAAAAGAGGCGAAUACAUCAAGAACUGGCGACCACGUUACUUUCUGCUCAAGACGGACGGCUCCUUCAUUGGAUACAAGGACAAACCCCAGGACUCGGACCUGGCCUAUCCACUCAACAACUUCUCUGUAGCAAAAUGUCAGCUGAUGAAGACAGAACGACCCAAACCAAACACAUUCAUCAUCCGCUGUCUGCAGUGGACCACCGUCAUCGAGAGGACCUUUCAUGUCGACACUCCUGAUGAGAGGGACGAGUGGGCGGAGGCCAUCCAGAUGGUAGCAGAGUCACUGGCUAAGCAGGAGGAGGAAGGCAUCCUGUGCAGCCCCACUUCCCAGAUCGAGAACGUUAACGAGGAGGAGAUGGACACCUCCAUCAGCCACUACAAACGAAAGACAAUGAAUGACUUUGACUAUCUGAAGCUUCUGGGUAAAGGCACGUUUGGGAAAGUCAUUCUGGUGAGGGAGAAGGCGAGUGGCACCUACUAUGCCAUGAAGAUCCUGAAGAAGGAAGUCAUUAUAGCCAAGGAUGAAGUCGCUCACACGCUCACAGAAAGUAGAGUAUUGAAAAACACUAGACAUCCGUUCCUAACGUCUUUAAAGUACUCCUUCCAAACCAAGGAUCGGCUUUGCUUUGUAAUGGAAUACGUCAAUGGAGGAGAGCUGUUUUUCCACUUGUCGAGAGAGAGGGUGUUUUCGGAGGACCGCACCCGCUUUUAUGGUGCCGAGAUCGUUUCUGCUUUAGACUACCUUCAUUCUGCCAAGAUCGUCUACCGUGACCUCAAGCUGGAAAACCUCAUGUUAGACAAAGAUGGCCACAUCAAAAUCACAGAUUUUGGCCUGUGUAAAGAAGGGAUUACCGACACUGCAACUAUGAAGACUUUUUGUGGAACACCAGAGUACCUUGCUCCUGAGGUUCUGGAGGACAAUGACUACGGGCGAGCGGUGGACUGGUGGGGUUUGGGUGUAGUGACGUACGAGAUGAUGUGCGGCCGACUUCCGUUCUACAACCAGGACCACGAGAAGCUGUUUGAACUCAUCCUGAUGGAAGAGAUCAAGUUCCCACGGACCCUGUCUGCUGAUGCCAAGUCACUGCUGUCAGGGCUGCUGAUCAAAGACCCCAACAAACGGCUGGGCGGCGGGCCGGAUGACGCAAAGGAGAUAAUGAGGCACAGCUUCUUCGGCACAGUCGAUUGGCAGGACGUGUACGACAAGAAGCUGGUCCCGCCCUUCCAGCCGCAGGUCUCCUCAGAGACAGACACGCGCUACUUUGAUGAAGAGUUCACGGCACAGACCAUCACCAUCACUCCACCAGAGAAAUAUGACGAGGACGGGAUGGACGCAGCAGACAACGAACGACGGCCUCAUUUCCCACAGUUCUCCUACUCAGCCAGCGGGCGGGAGUGAGCGCUCGGUCCCAGUCAGCCACCGUCGUCCCCAUUCGUGGCCAUUUUGAGGAAAACACGUAGCCAUUCUAGGAAAAAGAAAAUACCAGUCUCCCCUCUUUCUCCUCGUCUGCCUCGUCACAGCGGGGGAGAAGUCUUUUUAGGGACUUUAAAAGAGGUUUUUGCACAGUGGGAUAGACUCAAGCUGGUCUCCCCACACUAAAAAAAAAAAAAAAAAAAAGUCUCCUACAUCUUCAGCGCUAUUUACUGCAGAAGGCAAUGUUUUUGUUAUUUAUUUUUUAUUUUCUCUCUCCACCAGUAUUAAGUUGUUGAACCCAUGAUCUUUGCGAUGAUCUUUAUGUUUGUCGUUUCUGCCCAUUUUUUUUUUUUUUUUUUUUUUUUUGAUGUUUUUUGCACUUGGUUUCGAAGAGCCGUUUUAGGGAACAAAAAACCAAAAAUGUUGCCUUACGUGUGCAGAUGUUUUGUAUCAUGCAGACAGGGUGGUUUUGCUGUUGUCUGUUUGUUUAGUUUUUUUUCUUUCGGGAGAGGGCAGCCGGAUUUUGGGUCCGGAGGGGGGAGGGUUGUCGCCCUUUAUUUGGGGAUAAGCGCAUGGCUCCAGGUUCACUCAUUUCAAAAGGAAAACAAAAACAUCUGUUUGUUUUGUCAUGGUGGCACACCUUCCUAAUGCCAUGGCAAAGAAAAUCAGCUGAGAAAUAAGAAAUGAGUCUGUACCGUUUCCUUCAUGGCUGCAGCGUCGCUACUGUUUUACCGUAUCAGAUCGACUUUAUGGUUCCUUUUUCUGAAACACUAAACUGCCGCACAGCUCACUCAGGCGCUACAGAGCACAAGCAGGUUCAGACUCAGCUAAGCGCUCCAGCUUUCCACAGCCACACUCUAUCUCUGCUUCGCACUCCUCCUCUUCUGUUUGCUCGUCUUUGCUCUAAGACAAGGGGAAUAACUGUUCCCACAGGGAAUCCUAGUUUAAAGUAUGCCUGAGCUGUAUGUAUGUAUGUAUGUGGCAAACAGACGCUGUCAUAGCAUACGCUAACACUACAAACAGAGGCAUUUCCUGCCUCAGGUCAGACUGGCGUUGGUGGUUAACUCCAGGAUAAAUCAGAUUUGGUGUUUUUGGGUGCAGGGUUCCAGGCUCACCAGCAGGGGGAGCUCAGCAGUUUGCACAGAGACCUCUGAUGGUUUCACUCCUGUGUGUCUUUGUGAGACGUCCCAAACCCUGCCAGGUUGUUCAGGUUGUUCUGUGGUCUCGUCAACUAUCCCUGGAUUUAAUUGGUUAAAAUCUGAUCGUUUUUCCUUCCUCUGAUUGGCUUACGUUCCUCUAAUCAUGCCUGGAUAUGUGGUCUGAGCUGAGAAGUUAAUCUGACAAGAAAUAAUAAAUUAGCUGUGCUUCCUCGAGGAUCCGGAAUCAGAUUUUGUGCCAAGAGUGAAACUUUAGUUAAAUUUCCACAGUUCCACAAAAAAUAAAACAGAAAUGUUGGUAAAAUCCAACAGGCCUUAUUUUAACCAAUAAAAUCAACUAUUAUCACCUCUGCUAAAAUACAACAGCACUGUUUUAUAACAUUUUCUAUUGAUUUUCAUGUAGAGACUUAAUCUAAGAAAAAAAUAACAGCCGCUCGAUGAAGGAUUAGUUUUUACGGAGGCCCUAAAGGGACAUGGAGGGAGAAAAAAGAACUUUUGCGAGAUCCCACAA